GGGCGGCCACAGAGGCCCCGCCCCUGCCGGCCGGGACAGCCGCGCAGGCGCAGUCUCGUGUGGUUGUAGACGCGGAGGCAAGGCCCGCCGGGUAAAUAACAGAUGCGGGUGAAAGAGCCAUCCAAAGCUUUACCCGAGAAAGCCAAAAGAAGUAAAAGGCCUGCUAUAUCUCAUGAUGAAGACUCUUCAGAUGACAUUGCUGGUUUUACUUGUGAACAUGUAAGUCAUGCUGUCAGUGUGAAUCAUGUGAAAAGAGCAAUAGCUGAGAACCUGUGGUCAGUUUGCUCAGAAUGUUUAAAAGAAAGAAGAUUUUAUGAUGGACAGCCAGUACUUCCUUCUGAUAUUUGGUUGUGCCUCAAGUGUGGCUUUCAGGGAUGUGGUAAAAACUCAGACAGCCAGCAUUCAUUGAAACACUUCAAGAGUUGGAGAACAGAGCUUCAUUGUAUUAUAAUUAGUCUGAGCACAUGGAUUAUAUGGUGUUAUGAGUGUGAUGAAAAGUUAUCAACGCAUUGUAAUAAGAAGGUUUUGGCUCAGAUAGUUGAUUUUCUCCAGAAACAUGUUUCUAAAACACAAACAAGGUCUAUGUUACUUUAUUACAAAAGUGCAAUGUCUGAUGACAGUAACUUGGCACAGUCUUACAUUCUUACUGAACUGAUGAAUGAGAUCAAAGAAAAUGGUACAAAACUCAAGAUUUUUCCUUCCUCAGACUCUCAGCUGGAUCCAUUAAUGGUGGAACUUUCAAGCCCUGGACCAUUGACCUCAGCCUUGUUCCUGUUUCUUCACAGCAUGAAGGAAACCGAAAAAGGACCGCUUUCUCCUAAAGUUCUUUUCAAUCAGCUUUGUCAGAAGGCCCCUCGAUUUAAAAGUUUUCAACAACAGGACAGUCAGGAACUUCUGCAUUAUCUGCUGGAUGCAGUGAGGACAGAAGAAACAAAGGUUUCAAAACCUGUACUUUUGGGAAGAAUGAGUAAAUAUAGAAGUUUGAAGGAGACAGAUACUGGUCAGUUCAGUGGCACUGUUACUGUAGAAAAUACUCAACAGCCCAGAGCAACUAAGAAGCCUUCUUCAUCUAAAGAUAAGAAUCAACUAAUUCCUGGCAGAAAAAGUGUAAGAAAAUUGUCAUCUGGAGAAGAUAAAGCUGUUGUCAUAAACCAGAAAAACGGAAACCUUGAAAUGAAUGGGGAAUCUUCAGUGUUUGCAAGCAUCAUGAGUACGGAGUCAGCUCUGACUGAAAGCCCUACGGAUGGCAGUGAGAAAGAAGGCAGCCGUUCUGAAAGUAGUGUUGAUGCUGACAGUGAGGCUUCCGAAUCAGAAAGUGCCUCUAAGCAGAAUGUGUUGUUGAGAUCCAGCAGUGGAUGCCAUGUGCACACAAAUGGUCACCAUCACCAUCCUUCAGCGAGCGAACCACCCGCCAAGAAGGCCGACAGUGGUGAUGAGGGAGUGGCUGAAGCUAUUUCUGAACUUCAUUUAAGCAGCACUGUAACUGGAGAUAGAGAUUUUGACAGGGAAAAUCAGCCAGUAAAUCUUCCAAAUAAUUUAUGUUUUUCAGAGGAGAAGCAUAUGAUGUCUCACAGUCCCCAAAAUGCUUUUCAGACCCUUUCUCAGAGCUAUAUAACUACUUCUAAAGAAUGUUCAGUUCAGUCCUGCCUCUACCAGUUUACAUCUAUGGAAUUGCUAAUGGGGAAUAACAAGCUUCUAUGUGAGAACUGUACCGAAAAGAAACGGAAGUACCAAGGGGAAUCCAGUACUGCAGAAAAGAAAGCAGAAGGGAUUUAUACUAAUGCCAGGAAGCAGUUGCUUAUUUCUGCUGUUCCAGCUAUCCUAAUUCUUCAUCUUAAAAGGUUCCAUCAGGCUGGAUUGAGUCUUCGCAAAGUAAACAGACAUGUAGAUUUUCCACUUACGCUUGAUUUAGCACCAUUCUGUUCUGCUACUUGUAAGAAUGUAAGUGCAGGAGAGAAAGUUCUCUAUGGUCUGUAUGGCAUCGUGGAACACAGUGGCUCAAUGAGAGGCGGUCACUACACCGCAUAUGUAAAAGUGAGAGCACCCUCCUGGAAAUUACUGGAACAUAUCACUGGAAAGAAAAAUGUAUCUGGUUUGAAAGAACCUGAUAGUGAAUCAGCAGGCCAAUGGGUCCAUGUUAGUGACACUUAUGUGCAGGCGGUUCCAGAAUCAAGAGCACUUAGUGCACAAGCGUACCUUCUUUUUUAUGAAAGGAUAUUUUAAUUGUUAAUUAAGGGUAAUGAUUGUUUAGAUCACUUUUAUUUAAAUGCUGCAACGAUAACCAUAAUAUGCAAUGUGCCUUUGUAGUCUUUUCUGUAAGAAUAGCAUGUCCCUCAAAUGCUCCUGAACAUUUUUACCAUUUUGGUGAAUCCUUUUAAAGUAAAUUAAAUUUACUCAAUGCUUUCAAAUUUAUAUUCUUAAAAUAAAUGUAAACACAUCUUUAAAAGGAAUAUUUGUCCUGGAACAAAACCAGAAUUUACAGUAGGGGAAACUCCUUUAUGAUGUGGGUUAUUGUUGCAAGCAUUCAGAAAUGAUGCUGGCUAAAUCAGAUCAUUCCUUAAAACAGUGUUUCCCAGUGUGAGCCACAUACCGCCUUUCUGAGCUCAUAUGUAUAGAUUUGUCUCUUAUGCCAUUAUUUACUUAUUUUUAACCUUAUUUUUUUAGCCUUUUUUAACCAUAGCCCUGUUUUGAGCGUAUUCCACAUUUUAUGUGCCAGUUGUAUUUGUUCUAAUAAAUAUUAAAAUAAAUAUAUAACUAUUAAAGACAUAUUGUUCAUCCAUGUAGCACUUCACUUAAAAUCAUCUCAGGGCUUUCCAUGGUAUAUGUGUACUGCUGUGUGGGGAACACUGCUGUCACAUAUACUUAUACAACUGGCAUAGUGACCUGGUCAUGUUGUGUAUGAUUCAGCCAUAUAAAGAGGUAUCAAUGUAACUUUAGUAAUGUGGCUUUACAAAUAAUUUGAUUAGCUUAUUGAGAUUUUGAGAACUAGGAAAUUUGAAAUAUUUCAUCAACAUUAUUAUUUGUAACCUCUUCAUGGUGGAGUUAAGGAUAAUAUGCAAGUGAUUAGCCAAGGUCAAAAUAUAAUUAUAACAUGCAAUUAACAAUUUAAAAAAUAGAAUCGUAACAUGCAGAAGUGGUAAAUAGUAGUAAUGAGACCUUUGAAAUAUAAAUUACCAAAUUAAAUUUGUAAAUGAUAAGAGAAUUAUAUUCUUAUACUUAACAGGGAAAUAUAACACAUUUUUAGUUCUGUAGAUGGCUAAAUAUUAAUCAUGGUUUUUUUGGGUUUUGAGAUCACUUUGUCUUCAACAAGCAUCAUUAAUAAGUUCAGGUGUGUUAAGCUUUUAUUUUCAUGGGGCAUAAAGUUGGCAUUUCUGAUUUUCUUUUUAAAUAAUUAAAUAAUAGCAAAAAUAUGAUAGUUUUCCCUCCUAAAACACAAAUUAUUAAGCUGUUAAAACUUGGCAUGAAAAUAUUACUCUUAUUUAGGCUUAAAUUUUUAAAACUAAUGGCUACUUUGGCUUGGUGUUACAUUAUUGAAUCAAAACGCAUAACUGCAUGGUUUAAGCAUCCUAAUCAUUAGUGCCACUGAAUGAUACUAAGGCAGAUGCUGGGUAAGUGUUUAGUCCCAGAUUAUUCUCCUCUUGGGAAGAAGGAAGGAUAAGAGUAGUGGCUGGAUAUAAUUGUGAAAUAUUUACCAAGAUUCUGACUCUUUUUAACAUAUAAGUAUAUAUAACAUUAUAAGUACAUACAACAUAUAUGAUGUUAUAUAUACUUAUAUGACAUAUAGUUAUACCAGUGCUGCCUUUUAAUAUAUGGAUUAAUGGAAUUGUGAUUAGUGUUAAAGAUAGUAACACUAUACAAAAUGCAGAGUUUAAAAAUGUCAUGGCACAAAUUUUAUUUUUAAGCUGUUGCAAUUUCAACAGUAAUAUUUCUCUUGAUUUUUAACAGCGAAAUUAUGGAGAAAUAUAUCUUGAUAAAUUAAUCCACAAACUCAGGUUGGGUGUCCUAUAAAAGGUAGUUUAAACAGUGUUCAAUGUUUUCUGUUUCGUGGAUCGAUGGACAGAUGAGAGAGACAGAGAGAGAGAGAGAGAGAGAGAGAGAGAGAGAGAGAGAGAGAGAAGGAAAGAAGAAACAAGAGCAUUCUUUUCUGUUGCCUUUUGGCAUAUCCCUUAUACAGUUAAAGUCAGAGAUGUGAGUGAUAGGUGAGGGCAAGAAUCAAGGAAAGUGCCUAGUUCCUCUCUUCAUUGAUAGGAUGCCAAGAAAUGCACCAGUGCUGUAUUUAUCAAAGAGGAGAUUUUUGAAGCUUUAUUCUGAAUACCAGUUAGGACUGAUUUCUCAUUGAGUGACUGAUAUAUUGUAGCUUCAGAACAUUACCUCAUUAUUGAAGUACUGCAGUUUUUAUACUUAACUUCACAUUUAUUCAUUUAGUAUAUAUUUAUUGAACACCUGCUAUGGGUCAGGCUCUAUGCUGACACUAUUUUAACAUGUUUUAAAGUGGAGAGUCCUAAAUAAGUCUUAGACAUUAUCCCAGAAGUAACAUACAUAUAGGAUAUCUUUAUUUUCAUUUCCAUAAUGUUAAAUGAGCUAAUUCUCAAAUCUGUUUUUUUAUGGCCUAGAGUUUAUGAGUGCGUUUUCUGCUGAUAAUGGAAUACAUUUUAUUUUGAUACCUAAGAAUUUCCUAAAGAUAGCUUUUGGGAUAGAGAAAGUAUGUUAAAUUACACAAGUCUACAUUUAAAUGUUUGUUUUUAUUUUGACUAUUUCCAAAGCACAUUUGCAGGGGUACUAAAUUGUGAAGCUACUAUAAUACAAAUAGUUUCCAGAUGACCUCAGGAAACAGUACAAAUAAGUGAGAAUGUUUACAGAGUCUCAAAACAAUGACCAUAGUGUUUGGCUGAAUGAAUUUAAAAGUAAAACAGAGAAGUUUCACUAGCUUUAUUUUGAAACUGGUUUACAGGGUAUGUCUAACAUGUUUUCCCCAGUUUUUCCAUAUUUAAAAUAACAUUUUAUGUGCCAAUUAUGUGAAUAUUUUGGACAUAACCAAAUUUAUGUCUAUAUUUAAGAUUUUGUUAUUCAGUGUUUUUAAAACUGAUAUGAAGACCACCUUUUUGGGUGGCUAAGGAAAAUGAUAGUUGGUGUCAGUUUUGAGUAGUUGAUACUUUUUUAUUUUAAAUGUGCCAAGAGAGCUAUUUGGUAUAUAAUAUUUAAUAGCUCUUAGCUCAUAUGUAUGGUGAUUUUACUAAAUGAUUUUAUACAAUAGCUUAAUAAAAUUUCCUGAAGAUUAAGCUGUGAAAUUUAUCACCUUCAUUUAAUUUUUGUAGUAUAAAGUAACAUUCUGCCUACUUCAUAUUCAUAAUUUAUUUGUCUGCAUGUUACCUGAUAAAUAAGCCUAAACCAAAUAUGUUAUGUGCAAUAAAACUGAGCCUUUGUAUAUUAUCUAGUGCAUUAGGAAAGACUAUUUUUAAAUAUUUAAAAUGUUCAUGUAGAAAUCAAUUCAAUUCCAUUUAAAAGAUAGAUGACUAUAUUUUUAGUUUUGAGUAACACUGGUUAAUAUAUCAUUCCUACUAUUUUAUCUUUACUUUUUGCAGUGUUUUUAGAAAAUAGCUAUGUAACUUAUUGAACUUAUUUUAAUGUUCCUGUAUAAAUAUGCAUAAUAAAUAUUAAAUUCUUAUUUACUUUGUUUCAA